AUGGGCUGUACGAGUUCGAAUCAAACCGGAACAACGAAAGAAACUGCAAACGCAGCUCCAACAACAAUAUCCGAUGAUGGUCAACAAUUAAUAAAUGAUCAUUUUCGUACAUGGUUAAAAACUAAUCGACCCAAAGCUGAUGAAUAUGUACUUCAUGAUGUACUAUCAACUGCGCAACCAUCAAAUGAAGUUGAAGAUUAUAAAAGUAUAGUUAGCAAAGCACUUGACUUACUAUCGGAUCGUCAUGAUAUAAAAUCAACCAAUAAAUUAGGCAAACUUGUACAAAAAGAAAUUGCGUUAGCAUCACCGAAAAAAGUUGCACAUACAAUUGAUAUAUUAAAGCAGACCGCAGAUAAAUUACGAAAUGGAAAUAUUCAACUUGACAUAGAAGAACAAGCAAAACCAUCAACACCUGUCGAAACUAUUAUUGAAUCAGCGGUACUUGAAAAUCAACAUACACAAGUUUUAUCUGGUGAACCAGGUAUUGCUUUAAAAGAAGCUUUAGAGAAAGCACGCGUUCUAUUCUAUAAAGGUAAACAAGCUGCUAUAUUUGCCAAUCCAAAUGGCGGCUAUGAUGUGCGAAUUCUUGAUGAAAAUGAUGAAACAAUAAAUCAUGAUGGAAAUCUACUUCGUUCGAUUGUCGUUACUGAAGUUAAAAUGCGUCCAAAGUCAAAGCCAAUGGCCGUACCAUUGUUUACGGCUCCUCCUCCGCCGCCGCCACCACCACCACCAAUACCAUCAAAGUUACUCGAUGAAAAUGAAAUUUCUGAUGAUUUUCGGCGUUCCAUCGAUGCUGCUCUCAAAGGACUUGAAGCUGUUUAUCAAACAUCGACAACAACAGCAGCAAAUUUACAAUCAAUGCCAGAGCGUGUUCAAGAAAUACAUGUUGAGAAAACCGCAAAACAACCGCAAUCACCAACAACGCCUAUAAUUGUUCAAUAUGGCGUAACGAACUUUUCUUUACCAAAAUCAACUUCACAAGAACAAACAAAAUUGUCAAAUGACCUUCCCGCUACUAACGAUCGCACAGCUAAUCUAGCUGAGAUUGUUCGUCAAAUGGGCGAACAACAAAAAACAGUUAGUGAAAAAUUAUCGAAAGAAAAUAAUGAAGACAAAGAACAAGGAAUUUAUCAAGCUGAUAUUCAACCAAAACUUGUUGGACUUGUUGAUAAUAUGAAUGAAUUAAUCAUGGAUACAAUUGACGUUACAACUUGUAGUGAAAUUGCCGAUCCAUUAUCAUCAGCAGACCAUGAGAAAUUACUUAAUAUUAAUUCAAACACUGAAUCCGAAGGACAAAUUGAACGUAUCGUUAAAGAAAUUAAAGAACACGGAGAAAAAUUUGAAUCCAACAAUAUUCUUCCGCAUAUUGUUUCAACAGUAAAACAACCAUCAUCGUAUUCACUUGGACUUACAUCGCCUUUACAAAAUGAAACCAAAAUGACAACAUCAACAUCCUUAAUUUCUCAACCAAAACCUAAAUUACGUAGUGAAAAUCGUCCAAAAUCAUUUAUUGCUAAUGACGAAGUUCCUUCGAAAAAUGUUUACAAUUUAAAUAAACAAACUUCACUUGACGAAUUAUUACAUUUAACUCAAACAGGUUUAUCAAAUCCGCAUCUAACAACAUCCGUAACAAAACUCGGUAUAUCAACAUCAUCGGGGAAAAUUGAAGAAGAACAACAAGUACCAACUGUAACAGCUGCUGAACCAUUAACAAAAAUGCCAACAUCAAUUAGUCAAAUAAUUGAAGAACAUCGAACAAUCAUUGAUGAACCAUCAUCAGCAGCGUUUUCACCACCUCCUGUCGUGACUCCUGUUGAAACUCAUAUAAAAGCUAAAUCACCUAGUCAUAAUGUGACCUAUACAGAAAUAACUCAUUCCGAGUCUCGAGAUGGUGAACAAUCACGUCGUUUCAUAAGUGAGUCAACUGAUCAAAAUAUAUCACACGAUGAUAAUGGCGAACAAACAACAACACUUAAAGUUAUUACUAAAUCAGAAUUUUCAAAUCAUCCAACACUCGGCGACAAAAUUAUGGAACAAAGUGUUCAAGUCAUAACUGUUAAAGUACGUAAUGAAACAAUAAAAACAACAAUACAACAAGCAACUUUACCAUCGACAGCUGAUAAUGAUAUCACGUAUGAAAGACGACCAGUUAGUGAACUUGUCAAGAAUUUUGAAGUAGUUGCUGCUACCAAUACGAACAAUGUUAAUACUUGA